AUGGCGGACAAAUGUUUGGUGCUAGCAGGUACUCACUUAACAGAAGCUCCUCCGGAGAUUGAAAAGUGGGAAGGCGCACGGAGAAUUUCUUUGAUAGACAAUUCAAUUUCUACGCUUCAAAUGGUGUCUGCUUGUGCUAAUCUUUCCACUUUGCUGCUCAGUCUUAAUGCCUAUUUAGUUAUGAUAACUGUAAAUUUCUUGCGGUCCAUGAAAUCACUAACAGUUCUAGAUGUGUCGAUGAGUAGCAUACAAGAUUUUCCCCUGGAGAUUUUGAAUUUAGUUUUCUUACAGUAUCUUAAUCUAUCGCAUACAUUGAUAAUCCAAUUACCGGUGGAAUUGAAGGUGUUGAGGAAUUUGAAAUAUUUGGACUUGGAGCAUACUAUAUUUCUUAGUUUGAUCCCAAGGGAAGUCAUCUUUACACUGUUUUUAUUGCAAAUUUUGAAAAUGUUUCGUUGCGAUUCUGAUGUGGAAGCUCUCACUAAAGAAGUUGAAGAACUGAUCAUACAGGAUUCGAAGAAGAAAGACAAAUUAUGCCUCAGAUGUUGUUUCUCAUGGAACAUCUACUCUACCUACUCCUUCGGCUAAAAUGCAGCCAAACUUCUCGCCGAGUUGAAAGAGCUUGCCAGCCAGAAAAAUAUUUAUCAGGUAGCUUACAAGCAACCCAUUGAAUAAGUUGUUGAGAGACCUACCGACCUAACACUAUGCUUCAAGACAAUGUCAGCCAACGUAUGGAGCUACUUCGAUGAAGAAGAACUAGAAACGGUUAUCAGUGUAUACGGUAUGGGGGGGAUUGGAAAAACUACCCUUCUUACUCUUGUUAACAAUAACUUUAUUACUUUCAAAAGAAAUAUAGAUGUUGUGAUUUGGAUUACGGUCUCAAAAGAUUUCACUCGGGAAAAAGUUCAAGACGACAUGGGUAAAAGAAUGGGUGUUUGCAAUGAGCAGUGGAAGGAGAAGAGCUUUCAAGAGAAAGUUGUUGACAUUUUCAAAGCACUACAAAAAAGAAGAUUUGUAUUGUUGUUGGAUGAUCUAUGGGAGCGAGUGGAUCUUGCGAGACUUGGUGUUCCUCUUCUAAAUAGGAAAAAAAGGUCAAAAUUAGCAUUCACAACUCGUUCCCAAGAAGUCUGUGCUCAAAUGAAUGCCGGAAAGACCAUCCAUCUUCAGCCUUAGGCAUGGGAAGUACCUUGGGAAUUGUUCCAAGAAAAGAUGGGUGAAGAAACACUUUAUUUUCAUCCACAAAUUCCUCAGUUAGCUCAUGCUAUAGCUAAAAAAUGCCGAGGAUUGCCUCUUGCAUUUAUUACUUUUGCUCGUGCUAUAUCUUCAUUGACUAUCCAAGAAUGGAAUCAUGCCGUUGAAGUUUUAAGCAACCCAACAGAUUCAAAUUUCCAAACUAUAGGGGAUAAUGUUAAGGUAUCUUCUGUUUUGAUGUAUAGCUAUUAUAGUCCGCCCAACCAAAAGUCAAGUCCUGUUUUUAAUAUUACACUCUUUUUUCUAAGAGUUUCAAACUUUCUAAGAGAGACCUUAUCUCAUAUUGGAUGUGUGAAGAUUUUUGGCACGAAAGAUAAGGGUGAAUACGUAAAGAUGCACAAUGUGAUUCGCGAUAUGGGAUUGCAAAUUGCUUCUAGGGAAGGUUAUCUAUUGCAAAAGGAACCAGAGGCUAGAAAAUGA